AUGCCCGAUACACUUUUUCUCUUGGGCCGUGAGGUGGAACGAUUGGUGAACGCGCCUUAUGCGCCGUCGCUCCAGGAUCUCUAUAGCCUCGUACAGCAAGCCCCUUUGGCUGUGGUUACCUGGGCGGCUCAAAAGCCUUGCCAGGUUGCGGCUCUCGUCGACGUCCUUGUUGAUGGCCUGUCACGGUCCCGCUCAGCCCUGCCCUUAAUUACGAGCUUCGCACGGGCACAAGAAUUUCGGGAUAACCUGCUCCAGCGAUAUCCCUACCUUCUCGACCAAUUUCUUCACCAGACUAUUGAAGGCAGCGAACCUGGCUAUCUUCCACUAUGCAUUCGGCUCCUCUCUUCACCAUUACCUUGCGAUAUCAUCCCACCGGCCAAUCUUGCAGUCUUUGUAAUGCAGUUGAUUGAGAGGAUGAGAGCGAAUCCAUGCAUGGACACUGUUCGGCCACUAUUCUCAAUCUCCAGCUGUCUUCAAGCAACCGGAAUUCUAUCUGAACUCCCGCUGGAAGUCAUGUCAUGUUUCCAGGCAGAGCUCACAAAUACGCUGCGCAACCUGGAGGACCAUAUGGGCAAUCUGCUGUGCCUAGCAACUUUUGCUAGGCUAGUAUCAUCCCAGAAUAGCAGCGUUGACGCAGAAGAUGGCACUAACAUGCCGACAUGGUUGCAGACUAUCAGACAUUUCUUUGGCCCUAAGCGAGGCCUAAAAACGCUAGACCUCGUUGUUCUUCGAGUUAUUCUUGCUUGCUCUUCUAGCUAUGGUAACCUCACCGUAGAAGAGUCAGCAGAGAGCGUUCGUCUGGCGAUUAGCAUAUGUGAUAGUGUUGAUGGGGAACAGCGAACGCGAUGGAUUGAAGGAAAUUCGAUCAAGCUCGCCAAACUCCUCGAGAAGAUUACCAGGGAUGGUAUCGAUCAGGGUGUUCAGAUGUUGGUUCUUCCUACUCAGAUUAUACCUCGAUUAGUGAAGGCGCAUGCGGCUUGUUCAGGACAAGCUGCAAUAGAUAACGCGCUAGAGUACGUCAUAACUUCGUUGUCCACAAGUACAACCGACAAGGCGAGUUUCGCCAAGUUACAGAUCUCGAGAUUAGUGCUCCAAGGCUUGCGAUUUCCGAAUCUGCAACCUGCGGGCAUUGUGUCAGAGCAGCAUUGCAAUGCCAUAAACAACCUGACGAAGAGUUUCCCAAGACAGCAGCCUUUCGCAUCGAAAUGUGAUGGGGCUGUCAUUUGCUACUCCUCAGCAUUGAGGUUAGAGAACGAUUUGCUGUGCGAUUUACUUGCCUUCUGGGCUGAAGCAACGCUCCCACGAAACACGAAAGAACCAUCAUUUUCAUCCGGGACCGCCAUGCUGAUCGACUUCCUGAGUAGAAGCAAGCUGUUGCUGCCCGAUUCAAAAUGCGCCACGUCGCAAAUUAAACCUCUAGAAACGCGGUCUGCUAACCCAACCCUCAAAAUUCGCGAGACAGUCGAUAUUCCGAGGAAUAACUGGAGAAAUGAUAUGAGAGAUGUGAUGAUGGCAAACUCCAAGAUGUUGAACGAUAGCAUUAUGCAGAAAGUCGAGGAUAUCUGCUACGAUCUGGAGCAACGCUGUGGCAAUAUCGAAGCUCCGCUCAAAGUCGCCGAGGAAGAACGCACAAAGUAUUACCUGGAAACGGAACAGCUGAAAGAGCAGAAUCGCGGACUAGAGACCCAGCUGCAACAAGCGACAAGUACAAACGCAGAGCUUCGAGAGGAGAUGUCUCGUUUAGCAGGGCACGCUGGUUCGGCCACUGAUCGCGUUAACGAGCUGUCCACGAGUCUGGCUCAAGCCCGGCAUGAGCUCGAAGAGCUGCAGCGUACAUCGCAGGAUGCUCUCUCCAUCCAGCGAGAAUCGUUUAAAACUAGAGAACUUGACCUUGUGGCGUCCCUCACGGAAAGAGAAGAGCGCCUGGACGAACUUCAAGAAGAGAUCAAAUGUCAAACGGUAGCCAAUGGAGAACUGAGGGUGAACUUGGCAGACACCUCCAAAGUUAGAGAGUCCCUUAUCGGAGAGAUAGCUGCAUUUAAGGCUGAGGUCUCUUCCUUACAAACAAAACUUGAAGAGAAUAAGGCUUCUCUAACGCAAAAGGACGAAAGCAUCAAACAGCUGGUGGUAGAGAAGGGAAGAGCAGAUGAGUUGGCGAAAGAUCUGCAGCAUAAGUUACACGAGGAAACAUCCAAGGCCGAAAUCCUUGGUGCUGCUCUCCAAGAGACAACUGAAAGAUUCAAGUCGGAAUUGGAGGAGCUGCAACGGCAAUCCGAAGCACAAAGCUUAAGAAUAGCUGAGGAGGCUGCGGAGCGAAAGUCAGAGGUUAUGUCUCUGCAACGCAUAAUACAUGAAACUAAAUCGGAUGCCGCGAAAGAGCUGCAAACAAAAGAAAAGCGGGUCCAGCACCUGGAAAGAAAAGUGCAACUUCUACGAGAAGAACGAGCAGCUAAAGCACGUGAAUUCUCGGAAGCACAGCAGCAUAUUAGUCGACUAAUGGGCGUUAUGGGCUUCAAACCCCUUGGGCCUUUGGAUAAUCGAGUCUCGAGCAGACAACGCUCUCGGCCUUCGUCCGAGCAACCCUCGCCCAACACGAUGCAGACGCAAACGGACUCGGGGGCGGUAACUUUCGAGAAUCGCCAGGAUGAUCCUCUGGGCACGUCUAUCGAAUAUGCUACACCUCGGCCUAAUAGUUGUAGCCCCAAACGAUCUCGCAACCACGCGUUUCCUUCGGUCCUGUCGUCGCCUUCUCAGUCACAGGAGAGCAGUGAGAAACAGAGGAAAUCUUUAUCUCAAAGCACACGUAAGAGGCUGCAAGAACGAAAACCUCUGGGAGAGGUAGAUCACAACAGUCAGCAUCAACAUAGUACCGAGAUAACGACAUGCAGUCGUCGAGAGAGCUUCAAUGACAGUCAGUUCAGUUGCCCGCCGGACCAGAAUCACCUUGGCGAUAUCGACUUGGAUCUGGACAUGGAGUUCUCGAGGGAUUUCGUUUUUACCAGCACGUCUACGUCUGAGCUUGACGGAUUUGCACGCACAUGA